GAUUCACUUGAAGUAUCUUACGAACAGCUUACUACAACUUUCUUACUACAACACCAAGAUGUCUCGUGCUAUUCUUCUUUUGUUGGCCAUUUUCGCCAUGUUCUCUAUCGCGUCUGCAGGUCGUACCUGCCCACCGAACGAAGUUUGGACCGAUUGCGGAACAGCCUGUCCGCCAACUUGCGCGCAGCCUGAUCCACGGCCUUGCACUCUGCAAUGCGUCCAAGGCUGCCAAUGCAGAAAUGGUCUCCUGAGAAAUAAGUGGGGAAAAUGCGUUCCCAAGUCUGCAUGUUGUUGAUCGUGGACCUUAUCAAUGAAUUUUUUAAUUACUCGGCUU